AUGUCAUCACUCUACAACCUCGAACCUCAACCUACUGCAUCAUGCAUUUUACACACCACCUCUGGCGAUAUCUCUCUCGAGCUCUGGGCGCAACAAAUCCCCCUCGCAUCUCGUAAUUUCCUGCAACAUUGCCUCGACGGCUAUUACGAUAAUACAAUAUUUCAUCGCCUUGUGCCGGGCUUUAUUCUACAAGGUGGUGAUCCUACAGGCACUGGAUCUGGCGGAGAAUCGAUUUACGAUGGCGGCGAAUUUUCUGAAGAGAAUGGCGUAUGGCCGAUGGAAGAGCGAAAAGGUCAAAAUGCGGGACCGAGAGGAGUGGGCUUCAAGGACGAGUUUCAUAGCAGGAUAAAAUAUAAUAGGAGAGGAUUGUUGGGAAUGGCCAAUGAAGGGAAAGAUACGAAUGGGAGUCAGUUCUUUUUUACUCUAGGGGAUACGCCUGAGUUGAUGGGGAAGAAUACGUUGUUUGGUAGGGUGGAGGGAGAGACGAUAUAUAACUUGGCGAGGAUGGGGGAGGCGGAGUGUGGAGAGGGAGAGAGACCGUUGUAUCCUACGAAGAUUACGGGGGUGGAGGUGUUGGUCAAUCCGUUUAAAGAUAUGGUUAGGAGGGAGAGGGUUGCAAAAAUUGCGGUUCCCGAGAAGAAAGCUCCAGAAAAGAAAAAGAAGAGGAAAGCUGGGAAACAGUUGUUAAGUUUUGGGGAUGAUGGGGAGGAAGGUGUCGAACAACCAGUUGUCAAGAAAAAAGCGAAGUUCGAUACGAGAAUUGUAAUGGAUGAUGGAAAUGCAGAUAACGAACCGGAACCGGAAGCUGAACCUAAGGCUAAAUCCGCGUCGAAAAAGAAGGCGCCCAAAGCACGAUCAUUAGAAUCUCCUCAAUCAUCGCCAGAACCCGAAGCAAGAGCACCUCCCAAACCGUUGCCCAAUAGAGCCGCAAAACUCGAACGAGAUAUUUCUUCCUCUCCAGAACCUCAAGUUCAAAAGGUUACUUCUUUACUAGAUCGCACAAAUGCGCAAAUAGCGGAACUAAAAGCAUCCAUGAAGCGGAAUGUUCAAACUGCUCCCGAGCCUAAGAAGAAGAAAUCCGCUUUGGAAGCCAUGAUUCCAGCAACAUCCGUUCGUGGGCGAAAGCGCAACGCAAACGGAAAGUCAAAUGCUAGUAACGAUCAAGCAGCUCUAGAUAUCUUACGAGCAUUUCGAGAGAAAUUGGAAACUGCACCACCUGAAAAGGAAGUGGCUAAGCCCGUAUCACAUGAUGAAGCUGAAUCGAAAGCCGAGGAAGAUGGAACGGUUGAUGAUGAAGAAGCUGCAUUGGAAGAAGAAGUGGAAGAAGAUUUUAAUGACAAAGGGUGGAUGUCUCACGCGUUGAGUUUCAAGGAGGACAAAUUAGGCAAGGAUCUCAGUUAUAGGAAGAAAGCCGAAGAAGAAUUGGUGGUUAUUGAUCCUAGAGAGAAAGCUAAGUCGCUGAGGGAGGAAAUGAAGGCGAAAAGAGAGGCGAAAGCUGGAGGUUCGACGGGUAGAGAAUGGGAUAUCAAGCGAAAUGAGAAAUUAGCGAGAGGGUCGGCUUUGGCUGGGAGAGGAGCUAAUGGUUUCUCCCAAAGUGAUGCAGAUGAUGCGACAGUGAACAAUGAAGAUGAUGAAAUAGGCGAUAUAUCGAAAGAAGAAGAAUUAAGCAGGCAAAGGGAGGAGAGGAUGGAAGUGAUCUGGAUCUCUUGGCAGUCCGUGGGACCACCGCUGGAGUGGCAGUCUAUAAGGAUAGCAUUGAAGUAG